AUGUCUGCUGCCAAUACCAUGAACCCACCUGUGGGUGAGCGUUUCCCCGAUUCCCACUCGGUGUCCGAUUCAUCCGAUACCAGCAACGAAGAAGGUUGGGAAGAUGUUGAACCCGAGGAGGAGUCGCAGCCCGUGAUUGGGCUCUUUUCGGACCAUGAAUACCCAGAUGCGCGCUCAAUGCUCAAGGAAUGCAAGGAAAAGUUCAACUUUGACUUGCUGAAGAUCCAAAAAGAUCUUGAUUUGGACUUUCUUGAUAGCAUUAAACUGGUCAAUUAUGUCCGAACUGAAGUGAAGAACGGAAACAAAACCCCGGAUGUGUCCUCCAAGUCUAAGUUUGAGGAUGAUGCCUACCUGAAGCCCGUUUUGGAGGACGAUGCUCUUUUGUACAGCUUGGAUGAUCUUACCGAAGAACAGGGCGAAGAAUCUACCCCUAGUGCCCAGACAAACCGAGAAGUUACUGAGCUCCAGGAGCAGCUGGAACAAUUGCAGAACCAAUUCUCCGAAUACCGCAUUGCUGUGCAGAAGUCAAUGGACGACCAAUUGUCGAAGGAAGAUGAGAAGCUUGCUGAAGCUACCCCGAAGCCCUCGGCCCAUGCCAUUGACAGGCUUCAGGAGGCUGAUGAUGGUUAUUUCGUCUCGUACGCUUACAAUGCCAUUCACGAGUCUAUGCUCAAGGAUGCUGUUCGCACUGACUCUUACCGUGAUUUCGUAUAUGAGAACAAGCAUGUUUUCAAAGACAAGGUGGUCCUCGACGUCGGGUGUGGAACUGGUAUUUUGUCCAUGUUCUGCGCCAAGGCUGGCGCAAAGAAGGUUAUCGCCGUGGACAACUCGAACAUCAUUGAUAGAGCCAAGGAAAUUGUUCACGAUAACGGGCUCGGUGACGUUAUCACCUGUAUUCGUGGCAAGAUCGAAGAGGUCACCCUUCCUGUCGAGAAGGUCGACAUCAUUAUCUCCGAAUGGAUGGGCUACGGUCUCCUGUUCGAGGCCAUGUUUGAUUCCGUCAUCUAUGCCAGAGAUCGUUACCUUGUGCCAGGUGGUCUCAUGGCCCCCUCGCAUGCCACACUGCGCCUUGCUCCCUUCGCUGAUCCAGACUUUAUCGCAUCGCAUAUCUCGUUCUGGAACAAUGUUUAUGGCUUCAAGAUGGAUAGCAUGCUUCACAAGAUUUACGACGAAGCUGUGGUCCGCAGCAACCAGCCUGCAACUGUUGUCGGAGAGUCCCAAAUCUUCUUGACGCUCCCGCUACACACCAUUACCGUCGAGGAACUGUCGUUCUUGAAGGAAUUCCAGGUCACAUUGGACCAGGAUAUUGAUGCAUUAGAUGGAUGGGCCAUCUGGUUCGACAUCUUUUUCAUGCCAUCCAGAGAGUCUAUCCUUCCUGAAAAUGCCAUUCCCUCAGAAAUGUCAAAGAAGGGCGUCGUUUCAUUCACCACUGGACCUCAUGGGACUGAGACUCAUUGGCAGCAGACCAUCCUUCUCAUUGACCAUGCCAAGGACAACGCCAAGCAAGGUUCUCAGGCCUUGAAGAAGGGUCAGGUCAUCACCGGCAAGGUCGGAUAUGAGAAGACUGAGAAGGGCUCUCGGGGAGUGGACAUCAGUGUGCAGUGGGAGUCUGACGCCGGCGAGAAGGGCAUCCAACUUUGGAGUCUUCAAUAG